GAGAGAAUUACAAAUGAAGCCCUGAAGAUAUCAAAAGUCAACAUAUUAUAACUAGUCGUCCUUGUACAGCUAGCUAUAUAUGGUUAGCACCAAAUACUAUUGAAAGAUCAACAACCAGUGGCUGACAAAGCAGUAGUGAUAUCAAAAUGUCGUUGAAGUCCAAAGCAGAUCGGGAAUGGGGUAGUACCAGUACUAGUGGCGCCGGAAGUACUAGUACCGGGUACCGCGAUGAUCCGCAGCCGCAGCAUGAUGAAGAUGACGACGACGAGUACAGAAAUUACUACAUGAAGUACAACAUAUCAAGCAGUAGCAUAUCCGAGAUUGAGGAAGAGGAAGGUGAUGACAUCGAUGAUGAGAAGAAGGGUAAGAUUAAAAUACCAAGCGAGAUCAAAGAGCUUUUCGGAUUCAAAGGGUACCCGCGGCCGAUGCCCUCCAUCAAAGAAGAUAUCGAUGAUCAUAGCAGCCACGAUGAGAGCGUUUAUGUGGGAGUAGGGAAGGGCGAGUCCAGCAUGGACGCGCUGACGUGGUCAUUAAAGCACGCGGUGGAUCCGUCAUCGUCAACCACCGUCUAUCUCAUACAUGUUUUUCCGGAGGUCACCUACAUUCCCAGUCCAUUGGGAAAGCUUCCAAAAAACCAAGUGACCUCACAACAGGUAGAAACUUACAUGGCCGAGGAAAGAGGCAAGAGGAGAGUGCUCCUUCACAAGUUCAUUGAUAAAUGCUCAGCUGCAAAGGUUAAGGUGGAUACAAUACUGAUUGAAAGUGAUAUGAUCGGAAGGGCUAUUUUGGACCUCAUCCCUAUUCUCAACAUAACAAAGCUUGUCAUUGGAACUAACAGAUCUAAUCUAAGGAAAGUUAUGUCUAAGAAAGGCAGCGGGAUUGGUGCUCAAAUACUUCAAAGUGCACCCGAAGGCUGUGAGGUAAACAUCAUAUGCCAAGGAAACCCAGUGACAAAGACGAUGAUGGAUCAGCCUCAGCCACCGACUGAGUCGUCGUUCUCCCCACCUCCCAAGGACGGUACAACGACGAUUAUUAGUACUACUAAUAGAACUACCAACUCUAUGCAAUUGCAAGGAGACCAACAUCAGAGGACUGAAAAGCCGGCCUCUUCAUUCUUCUGUUUUAAACCCAAGUCUUAAUAUAUAAACUCAGCAACAGUAGCGAUGAUAGAGCCCCAUGGGCAAUGGCCAUACCCUUACUUUACCUUUUUGGUGAACACCCUUUACUUGACUUUCCCAAGCGUUCAAAAUCAUCAUUGUAACAAUUAUACAUUUUGUUAAGAUAUUUACUUGAAUGGUCAUCAUCACUGUAACAAAUUACAUGCAUAUGUUUUAUCUGAAUUUCAAGAAACCGGAUUGCAAUCCAAGUUCUAUUUCUA